UUCAUGGCUUCCAUUGUCCCAAGUCCAGUGGUUUCGAAGCAACCCGUUGCCCUAGAAACAAGUAUCAAUUCGCUCAUGAAACCGAAUCCUCAGGCUUUGCCUGAACCUGGUGCCUGGGUACCUAGCUCUCCAGCUUCCGCAUGGACAGCAGCUGCUACACCUCCGAUCACCUCAUGUGUGCCCACUCCAAUAUCUUCACAUCCGCCUAUCAAACAGGAUACGAACGUCGGCAUAGCCGAGGCCAGUGCUAUUGUGGGCGCCUUCGUUGGAGUCGCUAUCAUUGGGACCGUUGCUUCCGCUCUCUGGAAGUUCUUUCGGAAGAUGAAGCAGCCACCCGGCGUCGAAGACGUUGAAACCCAAGCCGCUAACCCGAGGCUAGGAGAUAAAGCUGAUGCAAAAAUCACUAGGCCUCCAGCAAGUCACCAGUCUACGCGACCCAGCGACCUUGCUGCUGCCGCCACGGUGACCGACAGCCGAUGGUGGCACCCCAUACCACCUGUCUAUACACCGGGCAACUUCAGUAUUUAUGCCACUCAGCAAGACAAUCACUACACUCCAUCUACCUAGGGUAUUAGAGAAAAGCUGACGUUGGUAACUGAGAGGUUCGAGUUAGCUGAAGGUACGCCCUACAUGGCUCCAUAGAAGUGCGAUUUACAGAUUAUCCAAGUGAUAGCCGCAUUUCCCUUAGUUAGC